AUGGAGGCUCCACCGCCUUACACGUCGGCAACAGGGUCGUCGUCGAGCUCUCGUACCCGUUCGUCCCUCGGGAGAAUGCGAUCGAUGGCCGACUACAUGCUACGGUCUCGCGUCGGCGGUCGUUCGAACGACGAGUCUGCCAACCCUCCAGAGCCGUCCUCUGCCACCCUCCCCUCUUACGACUCUCGAAGCGGCACGCUGACUCGGAGCGUUGACUCUCGUCGGAUUAGCGAUGAUUCCUCCACCCGGCUAUCUAUGCUUCGAUCGCCUCCAGGGACUAUUCCACCGUCGACAACAUCCUCCGCCAACCCCAUCCAAGAUCGAAAGCUCCGUCUCGAUGAGCUUAAGAAAGAGAUCGAGGCCGUCUCCCAGCCCACGAAGCGUUCCAAUGACGGCCUCUUCAAGGAAGCCUGCUCCACCGACUUGUUGUUCCUUAUCGACACAACCAGCUCUAUGCACCCCUACAUUGACGCCGCCAAGAAGCAGGUCAAGGACAUCAUGGAAGACAUCCACCGCACCUUUUUAAAGGAGGCAGAGGUCCGCAUGGCCGUCGUAGGCUACAGGGACCACACAGACACGCCCAAUAUCGAGUUUCAGGAUUUCACCACCGACGUCGACCGCGUCCGCUCCUUCAUUGAUAAGCUCAAAGCUAAGGGCGGCGACGACUUCCCCGAAGAUGUUCUCGGAGGCCUCGACAAGGUCGUCAACGCAAACUGGAAGAACCAGACUCGCUGCGUCAUCCACAUCGGCGAUGCCCCUCCCCACGGCAAGAUUUUCAACAUCGUGUCUUACAAAGACAGAUGGGCGACCCCGGGGACUGAGCCUCACAAGCUCACGUAUCAGCCUCUGCUCAAGAAGAUGAUUAUGCUCAACCUCAAUUACUGCUUCCUUCGCAUUCAGUCCCACACGGAUAUUAUGUCCUACCUCUUCUUGAAGGAGUACCAGAAUGCCUCCGCCCAGUGCAAGCUCCACGUGCUCAAUAGCGAGCGGAUCAAGCUCGUUCAGGCCGCCUCCUCCACCACCUCCCGCUUCCGAGGAGGCAAGAGCAGUCUCGCCUUCGAGGAGUCGGAGCUCGGAACCUCCUACAGCGCCCUCCGCCAUCUCGUCGUCCAAAGCGUCGCCAGCUCCGCCUCCCGCACCGCCAUCCGUCUCUCCGAAUCCAUUUCCAAGAACGGGGGUAAGCUAGCCGACAGCACCGCGCUGGCCAACUGUCCCAGUAUCGUCGAAGAAGAGGAGAGCGAGAAGGAGCUCGUCAUGGAAAACGUCGUUCCAGACUGGGACACCCCCAGCUGGUUCAAUGAGACCCUCACCGUCGAGGGAUUCUCCCCCGACGUGGUCCGGGCCGGCGCAAGAACCCUCAGCGACAUGAUGAUGCACGACGACCACAUCGAGCUGAGCACCAUGGAGCUCGGCGUCCGGCGUAGGUCCAAGCCCUUCUCCCAGGGCGCCCUCCGCGUCGCCGCGUACGCCCGCACCGCCGCCUCCACCAACCACUUCGUCGUCAAGUCGUUCAAGAAGGACGGCAAGCACCUCGCCCACCUCGCCGAGGACAUGCGGUGCCAGGCCCUCUGCAAGGCCUUCGCCCUCGAGUUCAACAACCUCGUCGGCCCGCAGCACGCCGUCGACUUCAUCAUCACCACCUGCCUCAAGGCCGCCAACGGCACCGCCUCCCAGUGCAUGUCCCUCGAGCCCUACAUCAAGGGCCAGUACGUAAAGUACAACAACAACUCGGGCUGGGUCAACCACGACCUCCCCGCCGGCGACACCACCAACCAGGCCGCCCAGGCCUUCUCCCACUUCACCUUUGAGCGCUCCUGGGGCCAGAUCCUCGUCUGCGACCUCCAGGGCGUCGGGGGGCUCCUCACCGAUCCGGCCAUCCACACCGCCGACGCCAACCGCUUCCGCCUCGCCGACACGAACCUCAACCGGGAAGGGUUCAAGUUCUUCUUCUCCACGCACACCUGCAACGACGUCUGCCGCCAGCUCGGGCUCAUCAGCACCGCCGACAUGGUCAUGCGCAAGUCCCUCACCUUCCGCGAGAAGUGGCCCGCCGUCGAGAGCACCGUCUACUGCUCGAACAAGCUCUGCGGCAAGAUCGUCCCCGCGGCCGGGGCCCGGAAGGCGGACGAGUUCCCCAACUGCCACUGGUGCGACGUCUGCUGGCCCCAGCUCGAGUCCAGUAAGGUCCGGUGGAUGUGCCUCGCCCCCGGGCCGGACCACGAGUACGACGUGUCCCGCUUCUUCUACGAGUCUCAGGGGCGGGCCAUGCCGCGCAAGUGUCCCGAGCACCGAGAGGCCGACGAGCCUGCCGCGAGACCCGCCGCUGUGGGUGGUGCGGUGUGGGCUAGGAUGAACAACACGGCCAAGCAGAAGAACAUUUCUGGAAGAAGCUGGUAG